AUGGUAGAGUUUGCCAUUAACAACUCGGUGCAUGCGUCCACGACCCAUACACCGUUUUACGUGAAUGGCUUACACCAUCCGCGUGUACCCACCUUACUCGAGUGUAACUCUGGUUCAAAGGGGGGAGGGACUCGCGCGAGCAAAAAACGAUUUGGUUCACGCUCAUCACGCUCUGACGAAGAGGUCAUUGCGUUUGAUGCCGACAUCUAUAACAUCGAUAUCGAAGAAGAUGAUGCCAGUGAGAGUGCGGAAGCCCUCACUGAAGAAAAGGUUGAUUUUGCUGCAGUGCACUCACAGCGCACUGAAGCUAACGAGUCAGCAGAUGAAUCCAUACUGGCUCGUGAAACGGUAGUCCGUUUUGUGCAAGACUCCAUCGCCGAAGCGGUGGAUAAGUAA